AUGGCAGCCAGCAGCCAGCUACCAUCACUAAACGAACUAAUAAAUAAGAAUCUCAAGAGAGGCAGGGAGCUGUUCUAUGCAGAUUUAGAUUUAGACUUGAGCGCGGAGACUGGGGUCAAUGAGGCUGGAAAUAAAGCAAAGCUUGCUUCGAAGAUAGCGGACGAAUACACUGCCGCUCAGAAUCUCCCGCCUUCACUCGCUGCCCAGGCGGGACCACGAGGCAAGAAGACGCGCAAGGCAGACGGGGCAGAAGCGGGCGAGGUAUCGCAACCGACGCAGAGAGCCAUUGAAGGAAGCACGCAGCAGGACGCCCACGAUUCACUCAUCCUGCACAAGUCCUUCCCCAAGGGCGCGAGUGGGGUUAGAAGUGGGAGUGAGAGUGCAAGUAUGAGUGCACCAUCCACCAGCGCGUCUACCACCAGGCUCAGCCAGCAGCUGAUAAACCUCAAAACGCAAACGCAAGCGAAACCAGAUUACCACCCACAAUGGAAGCUUAUGCGUGUCAUUUCGGGUCAUCUAGGUUGGGUGCGCUGUGCAGCAGUCGAGCCCGACAACAACUGGUUUGCGACUGGCGCCGGAGACCGAGUGAUAAAGAUCUGGGACAUGGCCAGCGGCGAGUUGAAGUUAUCUUUAACAGGUCACAUAUCCACAGUGCGCGGUUUGGCCAUUUCCAACCGCCACCCGUACCUCUUCUCGUGCGGGGAGGACAAAUUGGUGAAAUGCUGGGAUCUCGAAGCUAAUAAGGUGAUACGACACUACCACGGUCAUCUCUCGGGUGUUUAUAGCAUGGCUGUUCACCCUACUCUAGAUCUCCUCGUCACUUCCGGUCGCGAUAGUGUAGCGCGUGUGUGGGAUAUGCGCACUAAGGCUCCCGUACACGUCCUGGCUGGUCAUAAAGGCACAGUAGGCUGCGUCGCCACUCAGGAUAGUGACCCGCAAAUAAUCACCGGCUCUAUGGACUCCACGGUGAAAUUGUGGGAUCUCGCUGCAGGUAAGGCUAUGACUACACUCACUCAUCACAAGAAAAGCGUACGUAGCUUGGCUGUUCACCCAACUGAAUACUCCUUCGCUAGUGGCAGCGCUGGUGGAAAUAAUAUCAAAAAGUGGAAAUGUCCGGAGGGGCAGUUUGUGCAUAAUUUCAGCGGUCACGAUUCUAUUAUAAAUAGUCUGGCUGUUAAUCCUGAUGGAGUACUCUUUUCUGGUGCUGAUAACGGUAGUAUGACCUUCUGGGAUUACAAAACAGGUCUGCCGUUCCAGUCCAUGUCAGACAUUCCUCAACCCGGUUCAUUGGACGCUGAAGCCGGCAUCUUCUGCUCGACGUUCGACCAGACGGGAUCGAGGUUGAUCACUGGGUGUGCUGAUAAGACUAUUAAGAUGUACAAAGAGGUCUAA